AUGGACGAUCCAUGGGAAGGUCUCGAGCUCCCAAGGCCAGAUCUUCCCGUUGGGGGUCGCCUUUCUCAUUUUCUGCCCGAUUGGCAGCAGCUUACCGAGGACAAGUGGGCAAUUUCGGUGGUGUCCGAGGGUCUGGGUAUCCCCCUUCUGAAGGAUCCCCCUCUAUCGGCAGAUCCUGUUUUCUUUCCCCCUCCCGGCGAUGCAGGAAAGGCUCAGGCCCUCCUAGACGAGGUCGACUGCAUGUUGGCAAAGGGUGCCAUAGAGGAGCUCCCGAGGUCUCUCUGGACACCAGGCUUUUACUCCCGUAUGUUUCUUGUCAAGAAGAAAUCCGGGGCCUGGCGUCCAAUCAUAGACCUCAGUGCCUUCAACAAGUAUGUGGACUCUCCACAUUUCAAAAUGGAGACUCCUCGAGGCAUUCUGGCGUCAGUUGCACCAGGCAUGUGGGCAACCUCUAUAGACCUCAAGGACGCUUAUUUCCACAUUCCGAUAAAGAAAUCGGCCAGGAAAUUCCUGAGAUUUACAUCCCAGGGCAGAGUGUUCCAGUUCAGGGCCAUGCCCUUUGGUCUUACCACAGCCCCCUUGGUUUUUACCAAGCUGCUUCAGGUGGUUGUGGGCUAUUUACACAGUCGCGGAGUAGAUAUCCAUAUUUAUUUCGACGACUCCCUGAUGCUGCAUCUAGAUCCAGAGUCUUUGAGUCGCAGCACCAGGUCAGUCUUGACUACCCUUCUUCGCCUGGGCUUUAUCCCUUCUCGAGAGAAAUCCGAGGUUUUCCCCUCACAGGACUUUGUGUUCCUGGGAAACCGUUUCCUUACGGAUCUCGGCCUCGUUGUUCCACCUCCGUCCAAGUUCCAGAAAGCCAAGGAAUUGGUUCUUCUGCUCAACAGUUUGGACUCUAUUCAGGUCAGGUGGUUUCUGAGGCUUCUCGGAUUUCUCAACUCCCUUUCGGAUGUUGUCCCUCUGGGUCGGCUCCAUAUUCGACCUCUUCAGAUGUACCUACUGUCCAAAUGGAAACCGGCCUCUCAUCAGUGGGAGGUUCACAUUUCCUUGGACAAUUCCGUGAAGGCGUCGGCUAUGUGGUGGGCAUUGGAGAGCAAUGUCCUGAAGGGCGUCUCUCUUCGGAGAUCAUCCCCUACAGCUACCCUGUAUACGGACGCAUCUAUGACGGGUUGGGGGGCCUACCUCGACGGUCAUUGUCGUUCGGGUGUCUGGCAGGGAGAUCAACUCCAGGAGCAUAUCAAUGUGCUGGAGAUGAGGGCAGUUCUGCUGGCUAUUCAGUCUCUGCGUCUGUUGCUUCAGGAUCAGUCCAUCUGCCUGGCUACAGACAAUGCCACAGUAGUAGCUUAUCUGGAGAAUCAGGGAGGGACAAGGUCUCACAAACUUUGUGCUCUCGCUUGUCAGGUCCUGCUCCUGUGUCGUUCCAUGGGGCUUUCCCUAACAGUGAGACAUCUUCCAGGUCAUCUCAAUGUGUUAGCAGACACCCUCUCCAGGUCUCGGAGUCCAAUUAUCACAGAAUGGACUUUGGACAGGUCAGUUUUCAGAGCCAUCUGUAUGGUGUGGGAGACCCCCCUAGUGGAUCUGUUUGCCACAGCUCUGAAUUUUCAAAUUCAGACGUUUGUGUCGCCUGUCCCAGAUCCUAUGGCAUGGGCAGUAGAUGCUCUGUCCCUAAGCUGGGACGGUCUUCUGGCCUAUGCUUUUCCUCCCUUCAAUCUGUUGGGCAGAGUGCUGCAGAAGGUCAGGGAGCACGACUGCUCAGUUCUUCUGAUAGCACCUCUGUGGCCCAGACAGCCCUGGUUUCCUGCUCUGCUGGACUUAUUGAUAGACCUUCCAUUGGCUAUCCCUCCCAAAUGGAAUCUUCUCAGUCAACCCAAAUCCAGACAGUUCCAUCGGAACCCAGAGCGCCUCCACCUUCACGCGUGGAGGCUAUCUCGGUCUCCCUCCUCCAGGCAGGCUUUUCUGAAGAGGUUACAGAUUGCAUCACCAGAUCAAUACGAUCUUCCUCAUCUGCCGUCUACCAAUCAAGAUGGUCAGCCUUCUGUUAAGAAAUUAACUCCAGGCACUAUACGUGGCUAUCGUUCUGCCAUUGCCAAUGUUUUUUCCUACCGAGGGCGUUCAGAUAUCGGAAAUUGUUCCUCCUUGUCCAAUCUUCUCAGAUCCUUCUCUUUGGAGAAGCCUCGGGUUAGACUGCUGAUGCCACAGUGGGAUUUGGCUUUGGUCUUAGAUUCUCUUACUAAGCCUCCUUAUGAGCCCUUGGCUUCUGCUCCUUCCAAGUUUCUCUCUUGGAAGACAGUUUUUUUGAUAGCGUUGGCUUCUGGGAGACGGAGAAGUGAAAUCCAUGCUCUAUCCUCUUCUUCUUCUUGUCUCAGGUGGUCUCGGGACUAUUCCUCGGUUACCCUUCUUACUGAUCCUUCUUUUUUGGCAAAGAAUCAGGUUCCUAAUUUUUCACCAGAGCCUAUCAAGAUUCCUGCCUUAAAGGAGGUCUCUGGUGCUGAGAAUCAGAAUUCGUUACUCUGUCCUUGUAGGGCUUUGAGGGAAUGUAGUGAAGUUGGUGGCAUGGGACCUAGGGAAUGUAGUGAAGUUGGUGGCAUGGGACCUAGGGGACGUAGUGAAGUUGGUAGCAUGGGACCUAGGGAAUGUAGUGAAGUUGGUGGCAUAGGACCUAGGGGGCGUAGUGAAGUUGGUGGCAUGGGACCUAGGGAAUGUAGUGAAGUUGGUGGCAUGGGACCUAGGAGAUGUAGUGAAGUUGGUGGCUAG